UGGAGCGCGGCACACACACAGUGGCAGCACGGUACGACUGCCAGGACGAUAUGCGUUCUUGAGAGAAUUACAAUUCAAACUGUAGACAUCUCAGCAUCUACUUACUGUAGGCGUACCAAUACGUUUGGACGACAAGACACACGAAGGCAACGGACUUGGCACCCAUCAAAUGGAUUGAAUGGAACUAUGGAAAAACAGGCUGUUUCGCUAACGUGACAAGUUAACUCAUCUUUCUACCUCGACUAACGUUUGUCAGGUAGCUAGUUAGCAAGCGACUUAAGUCCACAGUUGCAAAUAUCUUAGGGUUUCUUUGAUUUCAUCAUCGAUAACGCAAUUUAUUUGAGGUCCGGUUGAUUUUUCUGUGAUGCACAGGCAAUUUCCACUCGAUACGGCGUGUCUCUACAAUCCUCAUCAAAGAAUGCAAUGCUUUUUUCAGUGGUCAACUAAGUUGGCUAGCUAUUUCUAACAUUAGUUAGUUGGCGAGCUAGCUAGCUAGCCAGCCAGCCAGCCAAUGAACUUGCUAGCUACGCUAACUGAAGAAUAGUAUACGUAGCUAUUGAUUUUGUUUUCCCUCGAGCCUUUUUUUGUUGUUAUCUCAGCCGAGACUUUUCUCCUACUGUCUUAUCUUAUGUUUGUCUGAACUACACAUUUGGCUCAACAUUCGGUCGUGAUAUUUCACAUAACAGCAUUCGUAGUUUAUAACUUAAACGAAAACAUCUAACUCCACAAAACUCAAAAAACAGUCUUUGUGGUUUCGGACUUGGAAAAUGGAUGCUGGAAUAGAGAAGGAAUGCAGCGCUCUUGGGGGGCUCUUUCAGAUCAUCAUGAGCGAUAUGAAGGCCAGUUACCCAGCCUGGGAGGACUUUGUCUCGAAAGGAGCCAAGCUACAGUCCCAGCUACGGACAACCAUCAUUGUCACAAGCUCUUUCCUGGAUGCGUUCCAGAAGGUGGCUGACAUGGCAACCAGCACCAGAGGGGCCACCAAAGAGAUCGGCUCGGCACUGACUCGGAUGUGCAUGAGGCACCGGAGCAUUGAGACCAAGAUGAAGCUCUUCACCACGGCCCUCAUGGAUAACCUGAUCAACCCCCUGGAGCUGAAGAUCGAGGAGUGGAAGAAGGUGGCCAGUCUGCUGGACAAAGAUCACGCCAAAGAGUACAAGAAAGCCCGGGCAGAUAUCAAGAAGAAGUCUUCAGACACAAUCAAAUUGCAGAAAAAGGUUAAGAAAGGUAAGGACGAGGUGCGCGGGCAGCUGGACAGCGCGCUGCAGGACGUGAACACGCGCUACGCCGUGCUGGAGGAGACGGAGAAGAGGGCCGUGUGCAGAGCGCUCGUCGAGGAGCGCGGACGCUUCUGCUCCUUUGUCAACAUGCUCAAACCCGUACUGGACGAGGAGAUCGGUAUGCUGGGAGAGGUGACCCACCUGCAGACCAUCCUGGAGGACCUGACCCACCUCACCGCAGAGCCACACAAACUCCCUCCUGCCAGCGAGCAGGUGAUUCUUGACCUCAAAGGAUCUGACUACAAUUACACCUACCAGACGCCGCCCGCAUCGCCUAGCAACACGCUGUCACGCAAGAGCAGCAUUAGCAGUAACUACCAGUCCAACUCGGUCAGGCACGUCCCCUCAUUGGACUCCAUCUCCAGUGCAGUGGACGGCAUUCACCUGAGACCCCCCGACUCUGUACAGGAGACAGGAGGCGGGAUGAACAGCCAGCCGCAGUGGGGCGGGCCAGAGAACGGCACAUCCAUGCCCCCGCCACACAACGCCUACAGCGGGCACGGAGAGAGGGGCCGCGCACUGUCCACCUCCUCCACCAAGCCUCCGUCGGCCCGUGAGCAGCUGGCCCUGACGCUGGGCGGUGGUGGCCUGAACUCGGACGCUCCGCGCACCAGCCGCGACUCCCUGCACUGCUCCAGCGGCUACAGCACCCAGACCACCACGCCCUCCUGCUCCGAGGACACCAUCCCCUCCCACGCCGUAAAGAAAGAACCUCCACUCUAUGACUACGACUACAUCUCGCUGCACGGCGGCGAGGACGGCCGCAGCCCGACGGACUUCGACAAGUCGUGCACGGUGCCGCGCAACAGCGACCUGAGCCUGCAGUACCGCAAGCUGUUCCAGAGCAAGCGGCCGGCGUCCACCGUCAGCCUGCUGGCCGACCCCGAGCCCCCGGCGCCCGCCUCCUCCCAGCAUGCCCUGCAGCAGCACCAGCAGCGCGCCGGCCCGCACGUGGCCACCAUCCGCCGCAAGCCCUCGUCCAAGCCCAGCUUCCGCCGCGGCACCAUCAGCGGCGGCGUGCCCAUCCCCAUCAGCACCCCGCAGGUGCCCCUGCGCCCGUCCGCCUCCACCGUGGGCCUCGGCCCGGACGACGGAGGCAGCAGCGCCGUCCACUCGCGCCAUAGCCUGUGCCAGUCCACGCAGAGCCUGAACACGGCGGUGGCGGCGUCGCCCUACUACUCGCUGUACCCCGGGCAGCAGCCGCUGGGCAACAGCACGGAGCAGCUGUACCAGCUCAACAAGCAGCAGCAGUUCGCCCUGCACCAGCAGCAGCAGAGGCAGUACCAGCAGCAGCAGCAGCAGCACUACCAACAGCAGCAGCAGCAGCAGCAUCAGCAACACGUGCAGCAGCAGCAUCAGCAGCAGCAACACCUGCAGCAGCAUCAACAACACCUGCAGCAGCAGCAUCAGCAGCAGCAACACCUUCAGCAGCAGCAGCAGCAGCAGCAGCAUCAGCAGCAGCAAUAUCAGCAGCAGCAGCAGCAUCCUCAGCAGCAGCAUCCGCAACACCAUCAGUAUCAACAGCAGCAGCAGAUGCACUACCAGCAGCAGCAGAUGCCCCUGCCGCCAGGCUACCCGCACCAGGCAGACCACGCCCUGCACAACAACGGCAAAGUCAACGCCGCGGGCCUGUCGGGAGAGAGCGGGCACGGCACCCCGGCGCUGCCCUUACCGCUUCAGCAGCAGGUUGGCGUCGGAGGCUCUGAGUCCCCGGACGAGGGCACGAGCUCCACGGAGGCCUGCGGAGGAGGAGGCGGCGACAUGCUGACCAUGAUCCGCCGCGGGGUCAGGCUGAGGCGGACGAUCACCAACGACCGCUCGGCACCCGCCAUCGUCCCCAACCAUCUCAACUAGAGCCGGCGCCUGCUGGUACCCGCAUUAGUGCGGAGCAGUGUGGUACCACUGCGCAACCCAGCACCCCCCCUGCCCCCCAUCGCUCUCCUCCUCCUCCUCCUCUUCAUCCUCCCUCCUUCAUGUCCCUGGACAGAAACAUUUGAGCCUUUGAAGGAGGAGGUCUGUUUCAGUCGUGUCCUCAAAAGUAAAGUCCCAAAAAGGUCGAAUAGAAAUCGACAGAGGGGGAGAAAAAACAAAGAUGUUUGUUUGGGAUUUUUAGUUUCUCUCUGAAACUGCACUGUGCUAAACAAAUGUCGUAGGUGUCAAGCAUAGACAGUUGUCCGUGUGAAUGUUGCCUCUUAUUGAUCAAUAAUUUAAAACUUGUUGGCUAUAUAUAUAUAGACCACCAGAGCUUAAGAUAUAUAUACAGUAUAUAAAUAUAUAUAUAGAAGUUAUAUGUUUAUAUUGUCAUUGAGAAAAAAUGAUGAAAAAUGGCCUUGCUUAUUUAGUCUUACUCUUGCCUCUGGUCAGAAACUGUAUAUAUUAGUGUUCUAUUGGAGAAAGCGUGUAUUGUAUUUUUUGUUUGUUUUGAUGUUUUUAUUUGAUUUUAUUUUUUGGUUGGUAAUAUAGCACUGGCGUCUUCUCCCAGGUAUCUAUUUUUGUACAGAAGCUGGACUGGGUAUCAAAAACGACUGGAGUUCUGCCUUUGAAGCCCUACUUCGCCCAGCUGGGGUCUGGCUGGGGUCUGGCUGGGGUCAUGUUGCUGACCGUACAGGUGAGCACAUGGGGCUCGAAGGUGCCGAGAAAGAGAGAGAAAGCCUGAUGGUCAAAAGAUGCGAUUCAGAGACUUGUGGGAGACUAGUUUGGACAAUGAGCGGGAGAGUUUCUAAAGUGAUGAAAGAGGCAGUUUGGUGUUUUUGGACAGAGACAAAGCCAGUGGUCUGCACUCAGCACACUGCCCCCUAUGGUUAGGAGGGCUUAUUUCAACUGGGACCAGGGGCAAGCCUGUUCUUCUGAAUGUGUUCUGUUCAUUUUAAGUUCUUUGAUUUUAUUUUAUUGGCUUAGUGGCAUCCUCCCGACAAAUCGUUUCAGGUAAAGAUUUUUCUUAUGUUGUUCUCUAAGUGCUUUAUUCCAGGGGUGUCAACGUCCUGUUCUCUUAAUUGAAUGUGGUGCUAUUUUGAGUUUUGUUCUGUUUUCAGGCCGAGCUGUCAAAUAGCCAAAUCAAUUUGAUGAAGUUCCAUACAUGUCCUUUUUUCUGUGUGUGUAUGUGUGUGUGUAUUUUCUGCAGGCUGUUUUUUUUUUUUUAAUUAAAAAAGAAAAACUCCCCAUGUCCAAAUGUCUGCCCCUUGGCCCCUGUUUGAAGUAAAGGGUUCUCACGUUCUAAGCUGGUUCUUGAAAGCGGGGUCUGUGUCGGAGGCCUAUUCACUGCUCGCCCUGCAGCCGUGGGCCACAUGGAGGCUGCGCCUACUGAGGAAGUGGCCUUCCUCUGACACACUCCCACUGGCCAAUGAGAAACCCCUCUGACCUGCACACACACACACACACACACACACACACACACACACACACACCCGGCUCCUUCUCCCAACCUGGCGUGGCUCAUCUCCGCGUACACACACAGUCAGAGUUGCUCACACACACACACACACACACACACACACACACACACACACACACACCGAGCUCUCGAUGCUGUUGGCGCAGUCAGGCACGUUGUUCAUGACGUUCUUAGUUCUUUUUGUUUUUAUCAUGACUCAUAGUCACAUCAAUGUUAUUUUAUUUUGUAUUGCCUUUUGCUCUUUUAAUUUUAUUUUAUUUUUGUCCUUUGCUCUUUGCUGUUUACUUGUUUAUUGCAUUUGAGACUAAGCCCAGCCACUGAGGGCCCUCUCUUCUUCAGUCAAUAAAUUUCAUUUGAUCGGA